CACGAUCGGAGAGAUGGGAGAGAUGCCAGUGAGCUUCCUUAGUAUUCUUGCUGAACUCCGCAACGAGAUAUACAUAUAUCUCCUAGUGCGCAGAGAGCCUAUUGAUCCUUGGAAUGGAGAUCAUGAACUGGUGCCCAAUCUUCUCUCCACCAACUCGAUAAUCUUACACGAGGCCAGGUCGCUACUCUAUGGCCAUAAUCGCUUUGAACUUACCCUCUCGAUUUUUAUCUCCCAAUUUCUUGAUACUAUUGGCUUUGUCAACGCAUCUCACCUUCAGUGUAUCCGCAUCGCAUUUCCUGGACUUCGUGAUCUUGAAAACGACAUCAGCCUGGAAGAAGACAGCCUUCAUGUCCUGGAAAAUAUACAGUCCUCCUGUACCAAUCUGAAGACGCUCAUACUAGCCGCAGAAAGCACCAGUACAAUGGAAAACCGGCUAGAUUCUUUGGACAGCCCUACGAUUUGUGCUAAGGCAUUAGCGCUGGUUGCCGCUCGCCUCACAAAAAUUUCAUCUCUCCAGGAAAUCAUCGUCGAGGUUUAUGAGGAAGGUCCAAGCUCAGAUAUCAGAAGGAAAAUGGAGAGUCAUGGAUGGAUACUCAAUGUGGUGGAGCCGGUUGAAGACGAGGAGUGGAAUAACGACAGACCUUGGGAUGAUGUUGAAGAUGAUGAGUUUCUCUAUGAUGAUUACGAUGACGAUGACUACGAUAUUGACAAUGAUAGUGAGUUUUGGAGAAGGGCGGCAGAUUAAGAAUCUGAAGGUGGGCAGCUAUUUCGAGAGGUUGCUACGACCCGCUUCAAAGAAUAUAUGAAGCCAUGUCUUAAGCUAUCCAGCACCCUGGCAGAUCGCACUUCAUGACUGCAAUUUCCUUGGUUGCGCAAGCUUGGUAACAUUCAAGAAUAAUGAUGGAUUUCAAACCACAGGGGGUGAAGACUGGAUUCUGACAAUUUCUUUAUGAAUGCUCACACAUACCACAACCUUCGCGACUCGAGCUCUUCGAUUUCUUCCGUCUUGUUGUCCGCUCAGUCUUCGGAAGAGACAAGAGCGAUUGGGACCCCUCUGAACAGCGAUGUAGUGAGAGGCUGGAAGUCUGGCAUGAGGCUAAAUGAGAGGCUAACCGACACAAAAACCGGGCCAGUCUCGCUUCUGUCAACUUCAUGCCAGGCCUUGGGAGAAGUGUGACGUCAGAAUAUAGGUCUUUGACGUAUCAAUGAUGAAAGCCCUGUGUGACAGUAUCGAGAUAAAGCAGACAGCUCUGCAUUGCCAAACUGUUUCAGUUCAAGUCUACAUAUUACAGCAGUGA